AUGAACGCUUUCGUCACGCUUCUGGUAGCCCUGUUCCUGGGCUACCAAGUGUCUGCAAUUCCAUACAUCCCAUCCCAUCUUCUGUACUCAGCGCAGUACAAUGGAUCCAUGGCAUACCUGUUACGGCCCAGUGCUAACUAUACCACCGAAUUCCUUUCAUUGAACGUCUCCCAAGACAUUGAUAGCGCCAAGCCCCAAUAUACGACCUUACUGGACCAUGCGCCAUUUCAGCUUGACAAGCAAACCCCCGCCCUUAUUCCGGCUAUCGACCAACAUGGCAUCGUAAAAGUCUAUGUGGGGGAUUGCCAUAAUACUUCGGGGUAUGGUGCGUUAUGGCAGUUCACCCCGGAUGCAGCGAGUUCCACCGGCAAUGGGACAUGGGAGAGAAUCGAAGUCAAUGGGACCGGCCAGUCGAACGUCAGCCCCCAUGGACCAAAUUACCUCGCGGCCGGGUUCACAUACGCCUCCACCAAUAUAACUAACACCUCCUUCUACGCCUUCGGUGGAAUGUGCCCACUCGCAAGCGCCUCCGAGGCUACCUGGAUCACUGCCGCCAACUACUCUCAGUCCAUGAUAGCCCUGGAACCCCCCAAAGCCGAUGGUCUAACGUCCUACCGCAUCUCAGCCACCGGUGACCGCGCACCUCCGAUCCCUGAAGCCGGGUUCACGAUUACCCCGUUACAGGCAACAUAUAGGUCCACGUCGAGUGGCACGUUGCUACAACAACAGGAUUUUCUGAUGAUCGGAGGCCAGACCCAAAACGCAUUCAUCAAUAUGUCCCAGGUCGCUGUCUUUUCACUCCCGCAGAGCAGCUGGAGUUUUGUCACUAUUGAUUCUACCCAGAGCCUAGGCCGAACGGAGCUCGCGAUCCGGGAUUCCUCGGUAGUGGAACCUAGGUCCGGCCAUACAGCCGUCCUUUCGCCAGAUGGAAGUAAGGUGGUGGUCUUUGGGGGCUGGGUUGGUAGCACCAGCAUUCCUGCCAAUCCACAGUUAGCUAUCCUUGAACUGGCAGCAGAAUCCACGGGCGCCGAAUGGGCCUGGAAGAUCCCGUCCACCAGAGACGCUGGGGUAGCGGAGGGAACUGGGAUCUAUGGACACGGCGCAACAAUGCUUCCGGGCGGAGUGAUGAUGAUCGCAGGUGGUUACCAUAUCGCACAGCCAAGUAAACGGUCUGUGACUGGCACCGAGGUGAACUCAGAAAUUCUCCUGUACAACGUUACUUCGGGUAAAUGGGUUUCCUCCUACUCAAACCCCGGGCCUCUUCAGCCAGAUGGUGAAUCCAGAUCGUCUGUAUCCCGCCGAACUGGGCUUGGUGUCGGACUCGGUUUGGGUAUUCCCUGUGUUGCUGGGGCGGCUGUUUUUCUUUGGUUCUACUUCCGGCGACGACGAGUACGCCGGACUCGAAACCAGAUGCUCCGCGAACUAUCCUUGGGCGCAGAACGAUCUAUCUUCUGGAGCCCAGAAGAGUCCCAUCUGGCCGGCAGUACUUACAAGCCUUCACAGAUUAUGGCUGAAAGAACAGGCCUUUUAAGAGAAAUCCCUAGCCCCACUGAAACCAAUCGGCUGCCUCUGAAUGCGAGAAUAUACAGACCUCCGGCACAAUGCAAUGAGUAUAGGCGAAGCGACGGGACCGGUGACAUGCACCCGAUUGACGAAGAAGAUGAGGCACAUGGUGCAGUAGGUGGAGAUAGCACCGGUUUAUUGCAAAAGAUGACUCGUACAGAGCUUUCCCUUGAGGGAGCCACAGAAUUUGCAACGAGCAUCGGUCGACCCAGCGAGGGACAAUCUUCAGAGCACGCCGACAGAACAUAUUCAAACAUUUCAGACUUCUCGAGGUUGGCAGGCCAUCCAUCUCGCGGCACCAUCGACAACCAUCCGAGCCAUCCAAGCACUGGGCGUGAAUCCCCGGAAAAGUCGAGUUCUGCAUCGAACCAGAGUCGGGAGACAUGGAGCCGACCUAACAGUACCGUGAUCUCCCAUGAACGCCGGUCUUCUGAUUCAUUUUCAACUGCCCAUACGACGAUCUCACAACGGCAAGCAGAAGGCGAACAUCUACUGCCAAAUGACCCUGAACCUUCCUCUCCGAUUGACCUGAUACCACGGCCUCUCUCCAUCUCCAAACCGAAGGCUGAGUGGAUCGGCAACGUCCGACGAGUGCUCUCUAUGACUCGAAAGCGGCCUCAGUCAUCUGGGGAUGGCAGUGUCGCUUCUACAGCUUCGGGCAUCGACAGGAGGAGUGCCGUGCUUGGAUCCGCAGGGCCUCUGUUCGAUUAUGAACCGGAGUCCAAGCUGCCUCGGCGAUCCGUCAGUGCCUCAGCGGAACUAUUUCGACGCAAACAGGGUGCUAAAGACUGGGGAACGGGCAAUAUUGUUUCUCACCCUACGGGGUCCCCCGAGGCAGGUGCUGUCGUUCUAUGCAAUGGAAGGAGCAAUGGGCCAUAG